AUGCCCGGGCGCGGGCUCGAGGUCGCCGCCGCCCUUUGCUCGACGAUGGCUCUCCCCCGCCCGGUCGAGUCGCGCGACUUCCCCGCCCGCGCCGUUCCCCGCCACGGCACCUCGCUCCCCGCGUCCCCUGCGCCUGUCCCCGCCCGCGCUGGCCCCGCGCCUCGCCCGUCUGCGGUCGUUCGGGUUGCGAAUCUGCGCGCGACGCCAAACGAUCUGCUCUGGAAGCUGUUCAGCCACGCCGCCAGCCAGAUAAACCUCUCCCCGCCCGCGCCCCUCCACGACCCCCACGACCCCGCCCGCUCCUCCGCCCGAGCGAUGUACGCCGUCUUUGCGUCCGCCCACGACGCCCGCGCGGCGCUCUCGCUCUCGUGCGACCUCUUCAACGUCUCCCCCGCCGCCGACUCGGAUUUCGCGGUGCUGCCCGGCCUCCGCCGUCUGCACUCGGAGCCCGUCGACUUUGAGAUCACCCGGUCCCAGUCCCACCUCCCCCACCCUUACCCGCCCGCGAUCCGCGCCCCGCUCCCGCUGCACGCCCCGCGCCCGCUCCCUGUCGGCCUCGCCGACGGCGCGCUCGACGGCCCCGCCUACACGCUCUCGAGCAACCCGCCGAACCCGAGGACGAGCUUCCGGGCGGGAGACUGGAUGUGCCCCGCCUCCCACUGCGGCGCACACAACUUCCAGCGGAACACGACGUGCAUCGCGUGCGGCCGAGGCGCACCGAGCGCGCCCCAGUCGCCGCCCGGGGGACAGCUGCCGGCGACCGCGCGGGCGCUCGCGGCGGCGCAGGCGCAGAUGCCGUCGAAGCCGCCGCCGCCGCAGUACCCGCCGCUGACGCCGUCGGGGCGUGCGCUGAGCGGGGGCGGGCGGGUGCAGAACGUGUCGCGGGACCCGCUCGCGCCGUGCGUGAUGUACUGGCCGGACAACGAGCCGCUGCCGGAGCCGUGCCAGAUCCGGCCCGUCGACUGUGGGCUGCUGACGCACCCGCCGAUCGUGAACACGGGCAACAAGGGCGCCGCCGAAAAGCAGCCCGGCGACUGGGUCUGCGGGAAGUGCAGCUACCACAACUGGCGCAGGCGCAAGGUCUGCCAGACGUGCUUCCCCUACGCAGAGGGCAACGGCGACUCGAUCUCCGCCGCCGUCCAGGCCGAGCGCAUCGCCCUCCUCGCCAACGUCCUCGCCACCCAGUUCAACGCCCUCGACCUCAACCCCGCCCAGCCCCUCCCGCGCAGCGCCCCGCCCUACGCCCUCCGCUUCCCCGACCGCCCCAGCAGCCACUCCUCGUCCCCCAUCCUCCCCCCGCUCCCCCUCGCCCACGACCGCCUCGCGCCCGGCGCCCCCAUCUACCAGACCCCCGCCUCCAGCCUCGGCCUCGGCCUCGGCGAGCGCAGCGCCCAGCACGCCGCCCUCCUCGACGCCCUCGUCCCCCGGCCCUCGCACACCCUCCUCCCCGCCUUCCUCCACGCCCUCGUCUCCCCCCCGCGCUCCCCGCUCCGCUCCCCCGCCUCCCUCUCCUCCUCCCCCGAGCUCUCCUUCGACGGCUCCUCCGAGGACGCCCACUACCACCUCCCGCGCAAGGCCCCCUCGUCCGCCGCCUCCGCCGCCGCCUUCGCCCCCCUCGCGCGCCCCCCGCCCUCGCCCCGCUCGAUCUGGCGCCUCGACGGCGAGGAGAGCCGGACGUACUCCUCCGCCGCGUCCUCCGCCCGCACCUCGCCCACCCCCGGCUUCGCGCACGCCGCGGGCUCGCCCCCUCCCCGCGCCGACGUUGACGCCGACGCCGGGUUCGAGCUCGAGCGCGCCCCGUUCCUCGCCGACGACGAUGACGACGACGACACGGGCACGACCCCAAAAGGCCCCGGGGGCUUCUGGCGCGCCGCGCAGGCCGCGUAG